CUAAAAUGCAGAACAGAAAAGAUGAACGUUACAUUUCACAGCAUUAUACAGCAGAUUAGACCUAUAGUAAGCAAAUUCAACGCACAAGCCAAGUCUUGAUAAAUAAGCAUGAGAAUGGCAAACAUUUGGAUCAAUUCCCUUUGCCUUGUCCUAGUUGCAGUGGCCUUGGCCUUUGGUCAUGAACAGUGGACAUGUACACCAAACACAAACACAAGGGAAUACAGAGAGUUGGAGGAAAAGGUUCGAGUAUUCAAACAGCAGAUAAAGCAGCUUCCUCAUCAACAAUAUCCAAAAGACUGCGGGGAAAUAUAUUCUACUGGUACAAAAACAGACGGUGUUUACACAAUAUCUCCAGACAAGAAAUGUUCAUUUUCCGUGUACUGUGAUAUGACAAACGGAGGUUGGACUUUAAUACAGCGUAAAGCCGACGCCAGCGUUGAUUUUAACCGGCCUUGGACUGACUACGUUGCAGGCUUUGGUAAUCUUACUGGAUCCCAUUGGCUUGGCUUAGAAAAGAUACACCGAAUGACAAAAGACGGAAGUCGUAUAUAUUUUGAGAUAGGCAACUAUGAUGGAUCGAGGGACCAUGUCAGCUAUGAAGGAUUCGCAGUACAGGGCAAAGCCACUGCCUAUACAAUGAAUGUUGAUAGGUUCGGGUAUGAAGGGACAAUAAAAGAACUGUUCAGCAGACACAACAACCAAAAGUUUUCUACGUAUGACCGAGACAAUGACGAUCAUUCAACUACUGACUGUGUGGGAGAAAGAAAUGGGGCUGGUUGGUGGUAUCAUAAAUGCUCGGACUUCGGUGAUUUUAACGCCGUGUAUGGCACAAAAGUGAUGGGUGGUAUAGGCUACUGGAAUAGUGGUUUCAUACCUAUCAAAGACAUUGUUAUAAAAAUCAAAGAAAUGGAUGGACACUGUUAGAAUAACCAAGUCCAUUUGGCAGAACCAUAUUAUAUAGCCUAUCGUUUUGCGUACAUUCUAACAACCUGUAUUGAUCAUCUCCAUAUCGUUUGAUAUUGUAUGAAACAACGUAGAAAUUCAGAAAAAAUCAGUCUUUUCCCACAUAUUGCAAGAAAAACAUUAUAUGAAGUAUUACAUUGUAAUAUGCAGUUUCAUUUUAACAUUUUAUAUUUUGAUUAAAAUUUAUUAAACAGG